AUGGUUGCCAAUAACGUUCAUCGGUUUGUGGCAUGUGUAUUAUUAUUAACACCAAAUGUAAUCAGUCAAAUUGAGAUUUCCAGCCCAGAAGCAGCCAAGCUAACCACAGGGCAUAAAUACCAAGAAGUAAAUUUGGAAAUUAAUGAAACAGAUGAAUUUGAGAUCACACAACCGGAAAUUGUGAACAACAUGAGCUGCCCAGAAGGUUUGCCGCUACUUGGCUCCGAUGGAAACGUACUACAAUGUGAAGCCAAUAACACGUGUUCUCAUGGAUUCACAUGUAACGAUGGCAUAUGCUGCCCUAGAACAGAAUGUCCAGAUGACUGGACUCAGUGGUUCGAUCGUGACAAUCCAUCUGGCACUGGUGACUGGGAGAUGUUAACUGAUCUAAUCAGUCAAUAUCCAAACAGCGCCCUCUGCCCACGACCUUAUGCUUUGGAGGUACAGACUCUUGAUGAUAACCCCGCAUCGAGCACCGGUGACAUAUUUUCACAGUAUAGCCCAUUGGUGGGAUUCGUGUGUAGAAAUAGUCAACAAGCGGAAGGAUAUUGUGAAGAUUACAAAGUCAGGUUUUGUUGCCAUGACGAGAUUGAACCUCCGCCCUGUGACGGUGAAUGGACAGAGUGGAUUAACGUGGAUGACCCUACAGUCGAUGAGCUAGGCGACAUUGAAACUUUGUCGCGUUUAUGUGACGAGUACGAAAUAUGUGAACGUCCGAGUAAAAUCCAAGCUGUUUCAAUAACGAGCGGACUACCAGCUGAUAUGACCAGUGACGUAAUCUUCAGCUAUGACGUAAUCAACGGAUUUGCUUGCCUGAACGCCGAUCAAGAUGACGAUUUGUGUGACAACUACAAAGUGAGGUUCUGUUGCCCAGAAAUCAUCGAAUGUGAACACUGGACCAAAUGGAUGGACAAAGACGAUUCUAGUAAGACAGGUGACUGGGAGACAUUACCUGAUUUGGAAGAUGCGUUUCCUGGUACAAUGUGUGAUAACCCAGUUAGCAUUGAUGUAGUCACGUUGGAUGGAACUCCGGCUGACCAGACUGGUGAAGUAUUUCUGUUCAUGAGUCCAACUCGCGGUUUUGCUUGUAUUAAUGACGAUCAACCCGACGGCGUUUGCCAAGACUACAAAGUACGAUUCUGCUGUGAUGAUGCUACCGAGAAAUCCGGCGAGUGUCCCUUAGUACCCGGCUAUCAACUGGAAACCAAUCCAAAAGGAUUUUGCUUUUACAAAUGUCAAACUGACUUUGAUUGUCCAGGAAGUGAGAAAUGUUGUCCAAGUGGCAGUAACUGUGGAACAGCGUGCAUGGAGCCUGUACACCUGUGUGUGCAUGAUGGGAAGCAAUAUCAGUACGGUGAAACUCGCAAAGAAGAUUGUAACACGUGUUAUUGCCAGGAAGACGGAAAGUGGGCGUGUACAAUUAUGAACUGCGAUCCUAUAAUAAUGAAAAGGCCAAUUAUCGAAGAAGAGGAAGUUCAAUCAUAG